UGUUGACACACAGUUCUCAAUAACUCUGAACAACAAGGAUGCUCUCACAGAAGAUGAGAAGACCUUGGCUUCCUAUGGGAUAGUUUCUGGUGAUUUGAUAUGUUUAUUGCUAGAAGAAGCAGUUGCAAAACCCAGUCCACCUCCUCCCUCAUCUUCUACUCCUGCCCCACUCCAGAAUGGUCAAGAACCGUCCACCUCGAUCCCCAAGAAAAGUCAGGCCAGCAGCCCAAAAGAAAGGCAGAAUGGGGGACUAUCUGACAACCAGAAAGUUCAGGCAGAAGUUCAAAGGAAUGAUGAUGAUAAGGAAAAAUCCAGUCUAGAAUUUGCUUCUGAUCUAGUCCCAGAGGAUGCUGAUCUGGAGGAAGGCACAGGUUGCUAUCCCUCAGAACCCAUGCUGUGCAGUGAAGCUGCUGAUGGUCAAAUACCCCACUCCUUAGAAACGCUAUACCACUCUGCAGAGUGCAGCAGUGCCACCGAUGCCUUGAUCGUUCUCGUGCAUCUUCUCAUGAUGGAGGCGGGCUACGUGCCUCAGGGGACAGAGGCCAAGGCAGUGUCCAUGCCGGAGAAAUGGAGAGGGAAUGGUGUUUAUAAGCUGCAGUACACACAUCCCCUUUGUGAGGAGGGUACGGCUGGGUUGACUUGUGUGCCCUUGGGAGAUCUUGUCGUCAUUAAUGGAACUUUAAAAAUCAACAAAGAGAUUAAAGGUGUGAAGAGAAUACAGCUAUUGCCAACAUCCUUUGUUUGUUUUCAGGAACCAGAAAAGGUUGCAGGGGUUUACAAAGACCUUCAGAAGUUAUCUCGUCUCUUCAAAGACCAGCUGGUGUACUCUCUUCUGGCUGCUGCCCGACAAGCUCUGAACUUGCCAGACGUGUUUGGGUUAGUGGUCCUUCCUCUUGAGCUGAAGCUUCGAAUUUUCAGACUUCUGGAUGUCCGUUCGCUCAUCUCUCUUUCUGCCGUUUGCCGUGAUCUUUACACAGCUUCAAAUGACCAACUUCUUUGGAGGUUUAUGUAUCUGCGAGAUUUUCGAGAUCCUAUUACAAGGCCUCGUGACACAGACUGGAAAGAACUGUACAAGAAAAAAUUGAAACAGAAGAAGGACGCCCUGAGAUGGAGGCAUACGAUGUUUCUGCCCCCGACACCUCAUCCAAUUCCUUUCCAUCCCAACCCAUUCUAUCCUAAUCCCUUUCCUCCCAACCCAUUCCCAUCAAAUCCGAUUUAUCCUCCAAUGAUGAUUGGUGGAGAGUACGAUGAGAGACCAACACUUCCAUAUGCUGGAGACCCCAUUAACUCUCUCAUUCCUGGCCCGGGGGAAGCACCAGGCCAGUUUCCCCCGUUCAGACCACACUUUGACCCCAUCGGCUCCCUGCCCGGAGCAAACCCUACGCUUCCAGGACGAGCUGCUCCCAGUGAGAGGUUUCCACCCAGACCGAGUCGGGGCCGCCCCAUGGACAUUCGCCGUGCGUUCAUUUGACUGCUACUUCUUCCUUCAGUGGGUUUUCUGGUUUCUGGGCUUGCUUUCUAACUGCAGGAGAAUGCAAAAUGCAGGCACUAACAUCUGCCUUCACUUCACAUUGUGGCAAGAGCACGUGUGCGUGGUUAUGUCUCGCCCACAAAGGCUGGGUAGGUUAUGCU